CGGUUCAUCGCCGGAAGCCGUGCGCAUGCGCACUGCGCACAAGUCGCAGCACUCUCAAGUUCCCGCCAAACCCCUCCGCCGUCGCAGCACAUACCAUUUCCCCGGGAAUUUCCCGUAAAUUCCCGCCACUUCUCCUUCCAUCUUCAAUCCCCACUCUCUCUCUCUCUCAUACACACGCACGCACGCACGCACGCACGCACGCACGCAUAGGCGCAGACGUUUCAAUGGCUCCUUCAAGGCGCCUUAGCAAUGGCCGAUCACCACUGGUUAACCAGCAGAGUCAGAUCACAGCCUUCUUCUCAAAGUCUUCAUCUUCAUCUUCUCCUACUCUUUCCAAGAAAAGCUCCAACCCGAACCCUAACGCUAGCUCAAGCCCAAGUCCUAGUCCCAGCCCCACAACUCCUUCCCCUGUUCAAUCCAAACACAGAAAGCCUCUCUUGCUCGUUGGCCCGUCUCCCACUCGCUCUCCCCCUGCUCCCGCUUCUGACACUGCAACAACGCCCGAUGUCUCAAGGAAAUCGUACGGGGAGGAGGUUGUCGGCAGGAGAAUUAGGGUUUAUUGGCCCUUGGAUCAGAGCUGGUAUGAGGGUUGUGUUAAAUCGUUUGAUAAGAUCGCCGGUAAGCAUUUGGUUCAGUACGAUGACAGCGAGGAGGAGGUUCUAGUCCUUUCUAAAGAGAAGAUUGAGUGGGUUGAGGUAUCAGCGGUGAGGAGGUUUCGCCGGCUGCGUCGCGCCUCAGUUGUUGAGGAGGAAAAUGUGGAGCAGGAGGAGGAAAAUGUGGAGCAGGUGGAGGAGGAUAGUGGCGGAGAUGAUUCUACUGAUGAAGAUUGGGGAAAGAAUGUGGCGGAUGAAGGAGUGGAGGAUGAGUCUGAGUAUAUGGAAUUGGAGGACGAAGAUGAAGAAGUUAAAGAUGAAGUGCGUAGGUCGAAGGGAACGCAGAAUAAGAACCUAGAAUCAAAAAAGAGGAGAACGAUUGGAGGAGAGAACUCAUGUUCAAGUAAGAAGAACAAGAGCGGCGGCCAAGCAGAUGAGAAAGGGCUUAAAGUAAUGGGUGUCAAUGGAGGUAGAUUUGGGGAGACUACAAAUGUUACUGAGCGUAUGAAGGCAUCUCACGAUUUUGAGAGCGUUUUAGUCGGUGAUGCUGCUGAGAGGUUUGGUUUGCGUGAAGCAGAGAAGUUGCCCUUCCUUGGGAAAGAUCUUAGGGAUGCUAAGAGAAGGCGUCCUGGACAUGAAAAUUACGACCCGAAAACUCUUUAUUUACCACCUGAUUUCUUGAAGAGUUUGUCUGGGGGCCAGAGACAAUGGUGGGAUUUUAAGUCAAAGAACAUGGACAAAGUUCUAUUUUUCAAGAUGGGCAAAUUCUAUGAGCUUUUCGAAAUGGAUGCUCAUAUAGCGGCAAAAGAACUUGAUUUGCAAUAUAUGAAGGGAGAACAACCUCACUGUGGAUUUCCAGAAAAGAACUUUUCAAUGAAUGUAGAGAAAUUGGCUAGAAAGGGUUAUCGAGUUCUUGUUGUAGAGCAGACAGAGACACCGGAACAGCUUGAACUUCGUCGCAAAGAAAAGGGUUCAAAAGAUAAGGUUGUAAAAAGAGAAAUAUGUGCUGUAGUUACAAAAGGAACACUAACUGAGGGAGAGAUGCUGUUGGCCAAUCCUGAGGCUUCUUAUAUGAUAGCAGUGACUGAACGCUGUCCAAUACCGGGAAGCCAGAAGGAGGAACGAAUUUUUGGUGUUUGUGUGGUUGAUGUUGCCACAAACAGGACCAUUCUUGGACAGUUUGGAGAUGAUUCAGAGUGCAGUGCUUUGUGUUGUCUCUUGACUGAGCUGAGACCAGUAGAGAUUAUAAAACCUUCCAAACUGCUUAGCUCUGAAACUGAGAGGAUGCUGCUGGGACAUACAAGAAAUCCUUUAGUAAAUGAACUGGUUCCAUUGUUGGAAUUCUGGGAUGCUGAGAGGACUGUUUGCGAAGUCAAACGAAUCUAUAAGAAUGUUGAUGGUCAGUCAGUUCAUGGAUCUUCAAAUGAAUCAUACUUGCAUGCAAGUGAUGUUUACGUUGGAAAAAGUGACUUGGACUGCCUGCCAGAUGUUUUGUCUGAAUUGAUUGGUGCAGGCGAGGAUGGAAGCUGUGCUCUUUCGGCUCUUGGAGGCACUCUUUUCUAUCUGAAGCAAGCUUUUCUUGAUGAGACAUUGCUUAGGUUUGGAAAGUUUGAGUUGCUUCCAUGCUCCCGUUUCAGUGAUAUUACUCAGAUACCAUACAUGGUUCUUGAUGCGGCUGCCUUAGAGAACCUUGAAAUUUUCGAAAACAGCCGAAAUGGGGACUCUUCAGGGACAUUAUAUGCACAACUGAACCACUGUGUGACUGCAUUUGGGAAGAGGUUGCUGAAGACAUGGCUAGCAAGACCUUUAUUUAAUUUGAGGUCAAUUAGGGAACGUCAAGAUGGUGUGGCUGGUCUAAGGGGAGUUAAUCUGCCUUUUGCACUUGAAUUUCGGAAAGAGUUGUCCAGGCUUCCAGACAUGGAGCGGUUGCUUGCCCACCUAUUUGCUAGCAGCAAAGCGAAUGGAAGGAAUGCAAAUAAAGUAGUUUUAUAUGAGGAUGCAGCGAAGAAACAGCUCAAUGAGUUCAUAUCAGCUCUACGUGGUUGUGAAUUAAUGGCCCAAGCAUGUUCUUCACUUGGUGCUGAAUUGGAAAAUGUCAAAUCUGAACUAUUAAAUAACUUGCUCACACCUGGCAAAGGUCUUCCUGACGUAUGUUCAAUUCUAAAGCAUUUCAAGGAGGCUUUUGAUUGGGUGGAGGCCAGUGAUUCAGGACGUAUAAUACCUCAUGAAGGAGUUGAUGCUGAGUAUGACUCUGCUUGUGAAGCAGUGAAGGAAGUUGAGAAUAGUUUCAAGAAACACCUCAAGGAACAGCGGAAGUUACUUGGAGAUUCUUCUAUCAAUUAUGUCACAGUUGGAAAAGAGUCACAUCUUUUAGAAGUGCCAGAAAGUUUGCGUGGGACAGUUCCUCGCAAUUAUGAGUUACGGUCCUCCAAAAAGGGCUUCUUCAGGUAUUGGAACGCAGAUAUUAAAAGGUUGUUAGGAGAACUAUCACAGGCUGAGUCUGAAAAGGAGUCUAAGUUGAAAAGCAUUUUGCAGAGGUUAAUUGGACGUUUUUGCGAGCAUCAUAAUGAGUGGAGACAAUUGGUUUCUGCAAUUGCAGAAUUGGACGUCUUGAUCAGUUUAGCAAUUGCAAGUGACUUUUAUGAAGGGCCUACCUGCCGUCCAGUUGUCUCCGGCUUAGCAAGUUCAAAUGAAGUGCCAUACUGUAGUGCGAAAAGCUUGGGACAUCCAAUUCUUAGAAGUGAUUCUUUGGGCAAGGGUACCUUUGUGCCCAAUGACAUUACUAUUGGUGGUUCUGGUAAUGCCAGCUUUAUCCUUCUCACUGGUCCUAAUAUGGGUGGAAAAUCAACUCUUCUUCGCCAAGUUUGCUUAGCUGUAAUAUUGGCACAAGUGGGAGCAGAUGUUCCAGCAGAGAACUUUGAACUGUCGCUUGUUGACCGUAUCUUUGUUCGAAUGGGUGCCAAAGAUCAUAUUGUCACAGGCCAGAGUACUUUUUUAACAGAGCUUUCAGAAACUGCUUGUAUGCUGUCGUCAGCAACCUGUAAUUCGCUGGUGGCACUAGAUGAGCUCGGACGGGGAACAUCAACCUCAGAUGGACAAGCCAUUGCGGAAUCAGUUCUUGAACAUUUUGUCCGCAUGGUGCAGUGUCGAGGAAUGUUCUCUACUCACUAUCACCGAUUAGCCAUAAGCUACCAAAGGGAUCCCAAGGUAUCCCUAUGCCAUAUGGCAUGCCAAGUUGGGCAAGGAGAUGGGGUGGAGGAAGUUGCAUUCCUUUAUAAGUUGACACCCGGUGCAUGCCCUAAAAGCUACGGGGUAAAUGUUGCUCGACUAGCUGGACUCCCUGAUUCUGUACUUAAAAUUGCUGCUGCUAAAUCAAGAGAGUUUGAGGCUGUGUAUGGUAAAAAAGGAAGGAGAACUGUGGGUAGCUCGUCUAUUCAGGGUCAGGAAGAGGAGAUGCUGGCUUUCAUGCAAAACUUCGUCAGUGCUGCUGCUAAAUUGAGUUGCCAUUCUUCCAAGAAUGCAAGUAUUGGCAUACUGAGCGACCUUCAGCAUCAAGCAAGAAUGCUUCUUCAGCAAUAUUGAAUUGAACCGACCAUACAUUUCCUGUACAAUAUUGAUUUCUUUUUAUUCUGUGCGUCGGAAUUACUAGUCAUUCAAGUUUUCCGGGUGGUUUCACUGGUGAACGUGGGAAGCUAUUCUUCGAUUUUGUUGGCACAUCACGUUUUGAACCAGUGAUUGUGUUACGAGGAUAGAGGUAGAGCAGGUUAUGUAAAAUCUACGCCACCUGAAAUCCGAGGCUAAUAUGCCAAUUGAGCGGCCCUCGGAAUCUCCAUUUUUGUACAUUCGUGUGUAUACAUUGUUUGAAUGUAAGACUCGGGAUUUUUGGUCAAUCUGAAUGGAAAGGAGAGUGACGCUGUUCCUGCCA